AUGCUAGUUUACACUACACCAAAUGCUUUGAUACUUGAGGAACGAGGAAAACGAGUGCAUUUCGAUAGGAAAAAUGGGGAAAUUCUGAAAAAUUCGGAUUCCUUGGCAGUUUUAAAUGAAGAAAGCGUAAAUUUGUGUGGAGAAGUGGAAUUUUUAGUCGGGAAAAUCACUUUUGAGCCGGACCAGAAUUAUCUGUUUUUUGUUGUCGAGAGCUCGGUAGCCGCGAAUUAUCGAGGAGUUUCUGCGACAGAAAAGCACGAGAUUCGAAGAAUUGAGCGAGUGAUUGGAAUUAACAUAAAAUCGGAUAGCACAACGAUAAAAUCACAAAUUUCCCCCGGUUCCGGGACGAAACUCAAGCAAGGCACUGAAAAAUUAAUGAAAUUCUUCUCAGCCAACAAAGAAGCCCGUCCGGCACUUCUAGAAGACGUUCUGAAGCUGUUCAACGACUCCAAAGACUUUUAUUUCUGUCGCGAGCGGGAUGUAACGAUUUCGUCGCAGAAAUUCUUUGGGAAAAGUGAAAGGAGCUCGGAAGACUCGUUUUUUUGGAAUAAACGGAUGUUGAGCGGGUUUUCACCUGCCCAGGUGUCGAAAUUCUCAUGUCCAGUCAUGCAGGGAUACGUGGCGACUAGUCAGCUAGAAAUCACUGAUCAGGUAGGGGAUUUUCAAAUCAACGCCUUCCUGACCAUCACAAUAAUCUCCAGAAGAUCCACGUUGCGAGCUGGCGCUCGUUAUCUGCGACGUGGAAUUGACGACUCCUCAAAUGUGGCCAACUUCGUGGAGACUGAACUGGUCCUUAACAUCUUCGAACAUGAGCUCAGCUUCGUCCAAUGUAGAGGAUCAAUCCCAGUGUUCUGGUCGCAACGUGGAUUCAAGUACCGCCCGCCUCUAAUCAUAAAUAGGUCACUGGAAGACACCCAAGAAGUAUUCCAGGAGCAUUUCCGCCGACUCAAAGCUCACUACGACACUCCGCUGGUGGCGGUUAGUCUUGUGGAUCAACGUGGCAGAGAGCUUGCCCUAGCGACAAGAUUUUUGGAGCAUUGUGUGAAGGCUAACGAUCCGGAUGUCACUUUCUUCUCGUUUGAUUUACAUCAACACUGUCGAGGGUUGAAUUUCCAGAAGCUUCAAACUCUCCUUUCUUCUAUGGAGGACACUCUGAAGACGAUUGGAUUCUGCUGGGUUGACAAGACGGGAGAAGUGGUUCAGAGGCAAAAAGGAGUUGUUAGAACCAAUUGUAUUGACUGUCUGGACCGCACGAAUCUGGUACAGGGGCAGAUAUCAUUGGCGAUUGUUCUACAGCAAGCGCAACGUCUUGGAAUCUUCGGCCCCCUUUGUGAACCCCCUGAAGUCCUUGUACAGACUCUUCAGACGAUGUGGGCUGAUAAUGGGGAUGUGAUAUCUACUCAAUACGCUGGAACUGCUGCACUGAAAGGGGAUGUGACAAGAAAUGGGGAGAGGAAGCUGAUGGGAGUGAUGAAGGAUGGAUAUAACAGUGCAUCGAGAUACUACCUGACCCAUACGAGAGAUGCACAGAGGCAAAAGGCUAUUAAUAUUGUAACAGGCCAAUCUGAAGUAGGAGAAUCAGCAGAGGAGGAGAGUGAGAAGGAAGAGGAGGAGAAUAUCAGUAGAAUGGUCACAGAAACAAUUCAAUUCCUGGUGCCAACGCAACAAACUGUGAUCGCUGGAUGGGGAUUGAUUAACGCUUGUCAAAGUAGUGAUGAGAUUGAUACAGUAGUCAUUCUCACUAGAUCCAACUUGUACAUAGUGACAUAUGAGAUUGAUGGAGAGAAGAUGACCGAUGUGCAAAUUGUUGCGUUAAACGAUAUCGAUACGGUUCAAGUGGGACCUUCUGGAAGCCACAAUCGACAGUGUGCGAGAGUUGAAACCCUUGAAGGCGUGUUUAUUUGGAGACCUUCCACGGUUAGGUUGUUCAAUAAUGCGGCGAUCCGGUUGAAGUCAGUGGAUGAAGCCAAUGAGUACAUUGCAUCGGUUGCUGAGCAAAUUCAAGUUGGAAGGAAUAUGCUCACAGGAGCGGAAGGAGCAGUCAUGCAGGUUUCUAAGAUAGCGAUCCCUCAAAUGUCGGUGCAUCGAAAGUCAAUGGCUGCCAUGGGUGCAUUAUUCGGGAAAAUUAAGAGAGUUGGAAAGAAUGUGUCUCCGGCAACUCUCUCCAAAAGUGCGUCAUCUUCGUCUACAGCGGCCCAGCCUCCUCAGGAAAAACUUGUAGAAAUCGAUGGAAACGAAUCGGAUACGUCUGAAAAAGGAGGGGAAAAGGGGGAUCACCUGAUGUCGAAGAUCCUGAAAAUGUCACAAUUUAAAGCGGAAGCCCCAUCCGAACCAUUCGCUAGUCUUUUACCCUCUAUCACCGAGUGUCAAACCAAAAUUUCACUUUUGUAA